GUUUGUCUGGCAACUUAAAAAAUUUCAGAUGGAAGAAAAUGAUAAAGGAGGGUCUGCGAAGGUUGGACUGAUGAAACAAAUGAUGGUUCCCAGUUAUCCAUCGCAGGGUGAACCUGGACUUGACACCGUGUGUCCUGAUGUAAUUCUGAAAAUCCUAACGUUCCUGGAUUCCAGGAGUUUAAAGAAGCUGAGAGAAGUAUCCUCAUCUAUCAGGGAUAAAGUUGAGGAAAACAGCAAGAUAGUUCAUUACUGGUCAUUUACUUCAACAUUUACUACAGAGCAUCUUAAAAAGUUUACCGAUGAAGUUCAAACUGUUCUAGGUCUAGUUAUUGGUGAUGCCACAGAUAACGGUCUAAGUUAUUUCUUGAAAAAGCAUCAAGAAAUCAAGAAGUUCCAGCUUGGAUCUGAUAAAACUCUGAGGAAUUCUAGUAAAUGCUCAUUGAAAGGAUUAAAGUCAAUAAUGACUCUUCCCAAUCUGACCUCAGUUGAGAUAAAGAGGAUCAUCAAGUCAAUUCCAGGCCAGAUUAUCUACAGUAUACGGUCCACACGUCUGACCACGCUGGAAUUAUACAACUUGGCAUAUAUUCCAGAAGAAUCCAUUCUUGCCCUACUAAACAGCUGCAGUUCUAGCUUAGAAACCAUUAAUCUUCCAGGCAAUUUAAAUAUAACUGACAUUGUUCUUCUAAAAAUCUUCCAAAAGUUUGGUAGCUCAUUGAAAUCCCUUAAUCUCUGCAGGACCAACAUAACUGGUGGGAUUUUAUCUAAGUUCACUGUAUCUUUACCUGUCAUAACUGAGCUUAAGUUCGGUCAGUGUUAUCAGCUAACAGAUAUAGGUCUGAUUAAUCUCCUUCAGCUGAGUAAACAAACCCUUGUUUACAUGGACAUAAACGGAAGUAGAAUAACUGGAGAGAAUCUGAUAGAAAUCAAUGGAACCUUGCCCUGCUUGGAGAACUUCUACUUUUUUGAAUGUAGACAAUUAACAGAUGAAGGUCUUUUUCAGAUUAUCCGCAUUUGUGGAUCUACUCUUAAGGAACUAGAUAUCGCAGAUACCUUUGUAACUGGGGAAAGUCUUGAGGAAUACAGUGGUUCCCUUCCAAAUGUGGAGAAACUUGAUUGCACUGGUGCAUUCUAUCUUACUGAUGAAGCACUUCAAGAGUUACUUGGUUUUUGUGGGGAUAAGCUAAAAUCCCUGGUUUUACAAGGAACUUUUGUAACCUGUGAAAGUUUAAUAGAUCUUGAUACUCAGCUUCAUAUUCAGAAUCUGGAGUGUCAUGAAUCAUCAGUAACUGACGAUGGACUGAUUCAGUUACUCCAAUUGUGCGGAAACACACUCAAGCAUUUAGAUCUUACAGAAACAGCAAUCACUGGAGAAGGGUUGAUGGAGAACGACAUAACCUUGCCUUGUCUUGAAGACCUCAAAUUGGAUGUGUGUGACAAUCUAACAGAUGAAGGAUUGGUUGAAUUUCUUCAAGCUUGCAGAAACACCAUCAAAAUCCUUGAUAUUUCCAGUACUCAGAUAACUGGGGAAAGUAUAGAUGAUCUCGAGGGGACUCUGCCCUGUCUAACAACUCUUGACCUGGGACUAUCUGAACUCACAGUAAUUGGACUACAGAGAAUUCUGGAACAUACUGGACCUGCAUUUAAGACUCUGAAUUUUGAGAUUAAAGAUAAUCCUAGAUUCUCAGUAUCCAUUUUACAAGAUAUAAAACAACAGUAUCCUAAUGUCAAUUUUGAGUAAUCUCCUGUUGGCAUUCUUUUAAGUGUAUUAUUCUUUAAUGGGAAAUAUCUUGUGAUAUUCAUUAAAAUGAAAUGCUCUGUUUCCCAACCACAAAGCUCAUUUUAAAUACCAAUAAUUAAGAGAAUACUAUUUUUUUCAGA